CAAGGAGGACUCGCGGUAAGUUUCUUCCUUAAUUUAUCCGAAGAUAUACUAAAGUGUGCAAACACAUACUGAAAGCAAUCAAUGAAAAGAAGAUUGAACAGCCUCUAAAAGAAGAAGAGCGGGCCUUUCCUAAUGAAAUAUCAUCCAAAGAAGCAUCUAGUAGUAUUGAAGCUGCCUGGAAUCAAGCCAAGAAAUUUGAAGGCAUGACUGUUCGGGAGCAAGAGGACUCGCGGUAUAGUUUGGGAACUGGAAUUGCCAAUGUGCCGUCAGUGAAACAUGAAGAGUUCAUGGCACCUAUGCAAUCACCGAGACCCAGAAGAGGAGGAGGAGGAGGAGGAAUACGGGGAGGAAGGGGAGGACGAGGUCGAGGCAACUCAAACUUUGGACCGCGUGAUAUCCGUGAUGUGAGCGUCAAUCCGAAUUUCAUGCGGAAUGACGGAGGCGAUAUAGUGGUACCACAAAAAAGGCAAUCGGAAGGUCCCCCGGCCGUACCCUAUUUAUUGGCAGAACUCGCAGAAAGCAUCGAAGCAGGAACAGUUGAAAUGCCAGAUUAUCUAACACGCCGUGGGAAGCAACAACAGCAGCAGCAGAAAAACCAGUUUGGACCGCCUGGCAGUUUUCUUGAUCUGUAUUGGACGGUGGACAAGCAGUUACGUGAAGGAAAACAAGGAGAUGACGAUGGCAAAGUACUAGCAUAUCGAAACAACAAGUGGCAACGGAUCAAAAAAGAGUUUGAUGGAAGGAUGGAACAGCAACACAGUGUCACACGCGGCAGUUAAGCUGAAUACAAUUUUUAUUUUACUUCGCUUGGGUCAGAUGAAUGUGCAUAAUCGUAUCCUAUGUGAAAGGUGUUGGGCGAAUCAUUCAUUUUUGGGGAGGGAAUAACGGUGGCUAGAGUUCACUGUAUACGGUAAUGGUGGCUCGUGC